GUUCUCCCCUCCGCCACCAGGAGGAUAUUUACAGGCGCCAUAUUGAUUUUUAUUAUAAUGUUUGGAUAGGUGUGGUUGGGAAUGGAGCUUGUCGAGAGGAAGUUGAGAAAAUGGAAUGACAAUUAAAGUCAAAACGUCCUAUCCACCCCUUCUGUAUGAUGCUUUGGCGUGAACAAAUCCGUGAAGGGGGAGCCAGUAUGACGUAAGACAUUCAUGAAGAAGCCACCAGACUGAGAGCGUGAGGAGGGCCCAGCCUCGGGAGUUUUGUGUUGUGGGUGGUAGAGGCGGGAUAUGAGCACGUGGACUGAGAGAAUGCAACGACGAGCCGCCACCCUAGGCAAUGUGGUCACCUCUUGUGGCCAUCCCAAUGUACCCUACCCACGCAGGCUCGAGAAUUUCUCAGGAAGUUUUAUGACCAUUGUGUAGAGAGAUGUGACCUGUAUGAUAAUAAGUGGAAGAGUUUGAUGUACAAGCACCCUCAGUUUAUGAGAAAGACUCAGCAACAGGAAGUACUCAUCUUGAAAAUACUGUGUUUUAGUUGUAAAAACCAAGUUGAAAGGAACAUUAUGGCUUAAGUGAUUAUGGCAUGUUCAAGCAGAAAGUGAACUUAAUUGCUACAGAAAGAGAGCAAGAGAGGAGGGAAAAUUGAUGAGAGACUUGAGGUGAAGAAAUCCAUUCUGAAUGAAGAUGAUGUUACAUAGGGGAGGUGGGGGGGAUCAUUGGUGUCCUCCGUCUGAUCCCCCCAUUCCCUGCUCCCCUUGCACCCAUCCUUAUCCCCCAUACUGGACCAUCGGCAGGGUCAAGUUUGGUGUGUCGCUAGAGCAGGUAUGCAAGAAUGACAUCCCUGGGCCAUUGCUGGUGCUCAUCCUCAAGCUUAACAAAGAGGGACCCACCAAGAAGGACGUCUUUCGUGCCCCCGGUCAUCAGGGUUCCAUGAAGAAGCUCAUUCAUUUCUUGCAGAAUGGGCGACUUGUCAACAUAGAUAACUUUUCUGUUCACACAAUUGCGUCUGUACUAAAAAAAUUUCUGCGGAAGCUACCUGAUGGCAUCUUUGGGCGGGAGGGUGAGCAGGAACUCUUUUCCAUCAUCCAGCUCUCUGACACAGAGCAACAGCGCGACCAGAUCCAUCACCUUAUUACAUCCAUGCCUGUGGUUACCCAACAUCUGUUAGUUCUGCUCUUUGGUACCUUCAGGGUGAUUGCCAUGAAUUCAAGUAGAGCACAAACCGGGAUGACCUCAGAGGCCCUGGGGGUGUCGGUUGCGCCCUCCUUUUUCCAGUCGUGCGUGGCAGAUCGCAAGACAGCACGUAUGGAGGAUGUUAUACGCUUCAAGGCUGAGGUUGAUGUGGCUUCCCAGAUCAUGAAAUUUCUCAUCGACAAUUUUGGGGUGAGCAACCUUUUUGGCCGCUCCAACUACGAAUACUAUGCUCGAAUCACUGGCCGGAUACUCAAAGUAGAAGAGGACUGGAUAUUUGCAUUCAGAUACCCACCUGAUAGCCUAGUGGCACGCCAACUGUCUCUUGAAGCUGAAAAAACUUGGCUUCAGUAUGAAUCGGAGCGGUGGGGUCUGAAGUUCAACCUUGAAGCCAUGUCAGGACAGGAAGAAUCACAGUCAACACCAGCCCUAAUACAUAUUCCUGAAAGCAGUAGUGGAGUUCCACUGGUAGGAGGAGAGAGCGACGAAAUGGGGGCUGUAGGUGGAGGAGGAGGAGGACCCACAAGUGGUGUACCCGAAAACAACUUGCGAGAAUCUUGCACUAGGCUCUCUAUCUCACUAGAGGAGAAUGGCUUGUAUAAGGCCAGUAAUGGACAGGACAACAGCAGUGGCAGCUCUCACUCGGCCCUCCAUAUGACGCUGGAUGAGCUUCGGCAGGUGAACCGCUACGCUGAGAGUACCAAGAGUCUUUCCUAUCUGCCUCAGGUGCAUGAACGACAGACAGAGCGAAUGCGAACCAGGAGUGAGUGGUUCCUGUCUCAUUCCCCUCAUACAUCCCCUCUGACUCCUGUAGAUGUGGAAUGUCAACCUCAUGCCGUUUACAUAUUGCGCUCAGGCUCCAUUAACAGACCAUCAUCAGGAGGUGGUAGCAGCGAAAAUGUAGGCAGCUCUGUCCGUCGUUCUUCUAGUAAGGAUAAAGAUAGGAAGUUAGUUCGUCGUUCCUCAAGUAAAAAAGAUAAAGAAAAUGGGGGCCGAGGAAGGUCCUCAAGUGCUGACAUAAAGACCCCUCCUCAUGGUGGGGAUUAUAUGUCCAGCCCAAGACGACGAGCAACUCCCCCUGGACCCGAUCCUUCGCCUGCCCUCACAGAUCAUGAUUGUACAGAAACUGAUGUCCAGAGAGUGCAUGUCUCCUUAACAUAUAAGCCUAGAAUAUGAGACAGGGAAAAUGGGGUGGAAAGAGAUAUUACAAUACAAGUAGGUUGUCCACCAGGGUGUAGAGAAUGCAUUGUCACCAAAGAGGAGGAAUUUCGGUUUACGAAACGUUGGUGGAUAACAGUGUUCACCUACUUGACACAAGCCAUAGGCACUGCCAUGCUACCAUCACCUGGAGAAACUAGGAAGACAUCUGCUUUAACUCCAUCAGCAUUGCAGGGUCAUCCUACAUUUGGAGGCAGAUGACAGAAGGAAAAUUUGUGAACUGGCAAUUAUACUCACGUGGACCUCUAGUGAUUAUUUUUAUUAUCAUGAUUAUUAUUAUUAUUAUUGUUGUUGUUUUUUCCCCAAUUUCUAUGGAACCAAGGAUCAAAAUGUAUUGAAAUCGUCCCUCCUACUGCCACAGAACUUGUGUAGCAUUAAGUUUUUGAUGACCAAGGCUCUUGAGUUAGGAGUUGGCUUGUGUCCAAAGUACAAAAUGAGCUUGAAAGUUCCCAGGUCAUGACAUGGACUGGUUGUGAUACAGAGAAACACACAUGUUGGAUCUUGCUAGUCAUGCCACCGCCAAAGAGUUUGUAGCACAGAUUGCAGUGGUUCCAAUUCUGCUUCAAUAGCAUACUACCAUUCUUUUCUUCUCUUUCUUAGCUUUUCUCUCUUUUCUCUCAAAUUUAGUACAAGUGACUAAGGCUUUAAUUGCUAGUACCACCUUUCACAUGUGAUUUGGCUGUCUCAUGUUGUAGCAACCUGAAGUCCACAAGCAAACAUGACAAGACAGCCAAAAGAAUGAUGUGCCUGGCUGCUGCUGUAUUGCUCCUCUGACUGACUGACUGACUGGAGUCCUUAGGAAAGGGCUCUGUAUGUGUACCUGUCUAGUUACUUCUCUUGCUUCUCAAUAUGCGGGCAUCCACUGGGGAGCAGCACAUUCCAAUGUACAUGCCACAAAAAUGUAAAACCUCCUCAUCAUGUCUGUGCUAACAGCAGGGAGUAGCCUGUUAAAAGAGAAUGUCAAAGUGAAUCAGAAGGAAAAAUACGUAAAGCAUUUUCCAUAUCUUUAUACAUGUUGUUGACUGGGUCAGAGUAUGCAAACAUUCCGUCUGAAUCUGGAGAUUAGGUAUGUUGUUUCUUGUGCAAAUAAACUGUAUCAGUUUUACCACUUCCUCGGCACAUAUUCAGUAAUUAUGAUGAUUUUGGAAUUGAACUAAAAUUCAGAGGCUUUAAUUAAAAAUGAACUGUUUAAUUUAUAAAGAAUAUCAUGGUACUGCAGUAUACUGAAAUUAGUGCACUUUAAAUUUCAAGGGAAAGCAGCACCUGUUUAAAUAUGUUGCUGAGGUGGUGGUGACAAUUGGUGUGUGUGUCAUGGAGUGAACCAGUGGAGGGACCCUUUUUAUCAGUAUCAUUAAAAGGCUCAAGAAAUAUUUUGCCAGGCCUGUCAUAUCUUCAAAAGAGGCAGGAUACCAGCUGUUCAUGCUUUUUCACCAGUAGCAACAGCCAAUUGUCCAUCAUGAUUUUUGAUGUGAGCCUCCUCACUGCCAGCAUGGUGUAUGUGUAGGGUUUAUAAUUUUUCAGGAACAUUUGUUAGCACUGAAAUGCAUACUUAGAGAACUGAUCAGCUCUGAUAAACACUGCCAUUAGCAACACCCCAGGGACAAUGAAACGUCAUUUAGUGAGUGUAGUAUGACCAUUACAGCAUAAAAUAUGAUUAUUACCAAAAUGACCCUGAAAUUCAUGAUGGCUGGCAGGCCGUCAAGUGGAAAAAAUGGACUCUCAAACCUGGAGAGUUAUUGAAAAGGUGAAGUAGCCAAGUGUCCAGAGGUAUUAUGGGCAGUCUUGUAUGCUGCCUGUCACGUAAAAAAAAAUUUAAAAAAAUAAAAAAAAAAUAAUUUUAAAAGUGACAUCCAUGUGUUCCUUCUACCUCUUUCUUGGCUGUUUGGAACACUAUGACCUGUGGAGUGUAUCCCACGUUCAUGGUUUUACUCUGUCUGCAAUCUCGUGUAUGCUUUGUAUAUUACAGUAUUUUAAGCCCCCUUUUGUGGGGAUGUCACAGUUGAACUUUUUAACUCAAGUGUAAAAUUGACUAAUUGGCUCAACCUGACUAAAGUGCAAUUUGAUCUACAAAUACAAAUGUUAAAUAUUGAUGGGUGGGAAGUACUAAACAAAUUUCAUGGAAGUUAAAUUCUAUAUUUUUAUCAUUUUUCAUCUCUGGUCUCCUAACCUGUGAUUUCAUUCACUUAACAUGUUGCAUGUUUAUCAACACGUAUAAGUAGAAAGCUUAUUUGUAGGGUUUUUUAUGUGGGUAACGUGGCGUGUACAUGAGCCAUCAGGUGUCAUAGAGGAUGACAGCGUGUCUUUAGGGUUGCAGCAGAUUAGCGGAUAGUUUUGAUUCCUUGGAAUCAGUUGAGGAAGUGUAAUUAUUUGUGUUUAUAUGUUAUGUACUAUUUGUAGCUUUUAAGAAGAAAAGGUAAUGGGAAGCUGAUGGUCUGCCCCCUAUGGACACGGAUGGUUUUACUAAGUGAGGGACCUCCAUUGGGCUCAGGGUGGUCUCACAUUUAAGCAACAUAACCUUACCCAUCCUAAAUGAAACCAACAGCUCACUUUGGUACCCACAUACCCUCUCCCCCACCAUUUUGUAUCUUGUACUCAUAGUUUUGCAUUUUUAAUUGUGUAUGUACUACACUUGAUUCUGUAAUGAUAUGCUUUUUUAAAUUAUUGGUGACCUUGAAUAAAUGAAAAGUUUC